AUGCACAGAUCACGAGAAGGUUGGCAUUGGACCCCUGGCACGGGGCUCCAAGCUGGCAUCCCAACAAUUGCAGUGGUGGAACCGUCACACAUGAUUCGAAAUCCCAAAGACUCGCUUGAUGUGAUUGUUAUCGGCGCAGGAUAUACAGGGCUCACAGCGGCCAGAGACACAUCAACUGCCGGCUUGAAAACACUCUUGCUAGAGGGCCGAGACAGAAUUGGAGGCCGAACCUGGUCAUCCGAGAUUGACGGAUAUCCUUACGAAAUGGGAGGCACAUGGGUCCAUUGGUUUCAGCCACAUGUCUAUCGUGAACUGUCAAGGUAUGGGAUGAAGGACCAGCUAGUGCAUUCUACCGACUACAGUAAGAAGCACAAUUUCUUCACCUUCAAGACAGCAACUGGGACUAGGAACAUGAGUCACGAAGAAGAGGAUUCUCUUUUCGCUCGGGCUAUAGAGAAAUUCGUCAACGUCGACGGCAACCUUGGAAGGGCCAUCAUGCCUUUCCCUUUCAACGCAUACUGGAACGAAGAUGUGUUCAAGUAUUCCAACCUGUCGGUAGCAGAGAGAAUAGCCCAAAUAAGCCACGAUCUUUCCAGCGACGAGAGGCACGCUAUCGAAGCCUUUGUGCUCCUCUGCAGUGGCGGAACGAGGGAAAACUCGGCAUUCCUUGACUUUCUCCGGUGGUGGGCCGCAGCCAAUUACGACUACAAAACGCUGCUGGACACCAUCAUUAUUUUCAAGUUGAAGUGUGGUCAAUCUGGCUUCGCAAGACGCUUUUUUGAGGAAGCACUGAUAAGCGGCAAUCUUUCAUACUCUUUCAACACGCCUGUCGCGGCGAUCGAUUCCUCAAAGGGUUUGGUAGAAGUCAGGACAAAGGACGGCCAACGUUUUUGGGCGAAAAAGGUCAUCUGCACGGCGCCGUUGAACGUACUCGAGAACAUUGAAUUCAACCCGCCACUGGAUCGAGCGAAGCGCGAGGCUGCUGCAUUGAAGCAUGUCAAUCAAUGUGUCAAGGUCCACGCGGAAGUUAAAGACCCAGAGAUGAGGUCUUGGAGCGGCGUCACUUAUCCUCAUAAUAAACUCGUUAUCGGGGUGGCAGAUGGCACAACCCCGGCAGGAAAAACUCACUGUGUCUUUUUUGGAUGUGAUGCCAAUCAUAUGCAUGCCGAUGAGGACAUCGAUCAGACCCUCAGGGCUAUUAAGGAGUUUGGUCCUAUGGAGGUGGACCGUGUUGUAUUCCACAACUGGUCUAAGGAUGAAUUCGCCAAGGGAGCAUGGGUGUGGUAUAGGCCAGGUAUGGAGGUGCAAUACCUUGAGGCUCUCAGGAGGAGGCAGGGAUCCGUGCUGUUCGCUAACUCGGAUUGGGCUGCGGGAGGAUGGAGGAGUUUUAUCGAUGGCGCCAUUCAAUCGGGAACUGAAGCGGCAUUGACAGUUCGACAGGAGCUGCGGCCACUUUCGAAGACAAGCCGCUUGUAG